CUGUGAAACUAGGACGAUCUCAAAACUGCUGCCCAUUCGAAACCUACAGCUCGGAAGUGACUAAGUGAUGCAUGGAUGAAUGGAUCCUGAAUCUUCACCAUCUCUGCUCCUAGAUCAAAGUAUCCCGAGGCCCAGAUUUCAGGUUGCAGCAGAACUGAUUCUUUGGUAGAAUAGCAAACCCUGAAGCAUCUCUGAAGUCACCCCCAGCAUCUUGACUGUGGCAUUUUCAGAGUCACAGUGCAUGUUCACAGGAAGAACCACAUGGAGCAACAACAUGAGGCCGUGCACAGAAUUUAAUGAGGAACGCCCGGUGGACAGCCUUGGAGGUGUCAGUGUCGUUGGACUGUAGUGCUCCAUUCCUUGGCAACCCCAGAGGAAUGUUGCCAGAAGACAAUAUUACGUGGAAUGAGACCAUCCUAUCUUUUGUGACAAAUAUGUAUUAAGAAACACAUCUCUUCUGCAAACACGAAGAGCUAUUGUCUUGAAGAAGCAAGCAGCUAUUUACAACAGACCUGAGAACAUGAGAAUGUCUGUUAGUGGCAGAAGAGGCAAAAGAUGGAAAUUUUUUCAGCUCAUUGCCACUUGUUUUAUAUUAAGCUUCAUGGUUUUCUGGGGACCGAUCAGUAAUCACAUUGUGAACCAUAUGAAGUCCUACUCUUACAGAUACCUCGUGAAUAGAUACGGCUUUGUGAAUGAUUCCCUGUCUCUGAAGCACAGCUCCGAGCAACCUCACUACCAAUACUUGAUCAACCACAAAGGAAAGUGUCAGGCUCAAGACGUCCUCCUCUUAUUGUUCAUAAAGACUGCCCCUGCAAACUAUGGCCGACGCUCUGCAAUCAGAAAAACAUGGGGCAAUGAGGAUUAUGUUCGGUCCCAGCUGAAUGCCAACAUCAAAAUUCUGUUUGCCUUGGGGACUCCUGCUCCACCAAAGAGAGAAGAACUGCAAAGAAAACUGAUUUGGGAAGAUGAAAAGUACAAGGACAUAAUUCAGCAAGACUUUGUUGAUUCCUUCUACAAUCUUACUUUAAAACUGCUCCUUCAGUUCAGCUGGACAAACAGCUUUUGUCCACAUGCCAAAUUCCUGAUGACGGCUGAUGACGACAUAUUUAUCCACAUGCCAAACCUCAUCAGAUACCUUCAAGGGCUAGAGCAAAUUGGUGUUCGAGACUUUUGGAUUGGUCAUGUUCAUCGUGGCGGCCCUCCUGUUAGGGAUAAAAGCAGCAAAUACUAUGUUCCCUAUGAAAUGUACCAAUGGCCAGCUUACCCUGACUAUACAGCUGGGGCUGCCUAUGUCAUUUCCAGCGAUGUGGCUGCCAAAGUCUAUGAAGCAUCGCAGAUGCUGAACUCCAGUCUGUACAUAGAUGAUGUGUUCAUGGGCCUGUGUGCCAAUAAAGUGGGGGUAGUGCCACAGGACCACAUAUUUUUUUCUGGGGAAGGUAAGGCUCCUUAUCAUCCUUGCAUCUAUGAAAAGAUGAUGACAUCUCAUGGACACUUACAAGAUCUGCAGGAGCUCUGGAUGGAGGCCACAGAUCCUAAAGUAAAGAACAUCUCAGAAGGAUUUUUUGGUCAAAUAUACUGCAGGUUAAUUAAGAUAAUUCUCUUCUGCAGAUUGAUUUACAGGAGUCCGUACCCUUGUAGGGCUGCAUUUGCUUAA